AUGUCGGAGCGAGAAUCCAAUCCCGACUCCGAAUCAGAUGGGAGCAUCUCCUCCUCCAGCUCUUCAUCUUCAGAGCACAUCUCUCCUACCAGUCCUACACCUUCAGAUCCUAAUAGGAGUAUCUCUCGAUCCCACUCUAUUUCUUCACAGGAUUCGUGGGACCGUUACCAACGGGGGCACAUUGAAGCCAUCCCGAUCAACCACGGUGGUAUUCUCAAGAUCGUCAUGACCGCUUGUGUCGAGGUGUAUCGCGACGGGGAUUGGGGAAUAAAAAAUUGCAACUAUCACGGCCCUGAGCGCGAUAUAUGCUUCAGGGUCCCUGGCCCAGGCAAUAACUGGAUCGCCUCAAUCACAGACCCUAGAGCAAUGAAUGAGUUGAGGAACAUUAUUCGGUCAGGCGACACCAAAGGCUACGAAUAUCACUGGUACAGCACGACUGAUUACGACGACGACGGAGACAACAUCAGUCAGGAGUUCAUCAUCGAGAGUUAUUUGGAGGGCAACAAGAAGGAACGGGUUCCUGCGGGGCCAGAGAUGAUUGCGACUCUAGAGGAGAGGCUUGGGCUCUUUACCAUAUGA